AGUCCAUCACUUCAUAUGGUUCUAAAGCAGACCUCUUCAGUCCAUGAUGUUGUGCAAGGGGACAAGCCACCCUUUGGCUCUCGUUUCCUCACAGACGAAACACAAGUCUGGUCGCAGAAUGCUUGGGAUCAUGUGCCACCGCCGCUCGACCAGGAUGAGAUAAUCGCCGCUUCACUCGCAAGACAAAGAGCCAAUCCAGUUUCUGAGAGCGAAACGAAGAAACUCGGCGACCGCCCUGCUCGCCACUGGGACAAUUUCUAUCGCAACAAUUCGAACAAUUUCUUCAAGGAUCGCAAAUGGCUACACAAUGAGUUCAGUGAACUUGUAAGCGCUACGGAGUCUAAUGCAGGACCGGUCAGCAUCGUCGAAGUUGGCUGUGGGGUGGGGAACAGUGUUUUCCCUCUGCUCUCCGAGAACAGCAACCCGCAACUAGCUCUCCAUGCCUUCGAUUAUUCCCAACAAGCCGUCAAAAUCUUACAGGAAAAUCCGCUCUACUCGGCACCGCCAAUGGGCACCAUCGAUGCAGCGGUUUGGGACCUUACCUCGGAUACCCUUCCUGAACAAAUCAUACCCUCCAGCGCUGAUAUAGUGAUCAUGGUCUUCGUAUUCAGUGCUCUAUCUCCCAAUGAAUGGCUUCAAGCUGUCUCGAAUGUCCACCGCAUAUUGAAGCCUGGCGGCCUAGUGUUGUUUCGCGAUUAUGGUCGCUAUGACAUGGCUCAGCUCCGUUUCAAAGGAGGCCGGCUAUUAGACGACAAUUUCUAUAUUCGUGGCGAUAAAACGCGCGUCUAUUUCUUUGAACUCGAUGAGUUGUCACUGUUAUUUACUGGCUCACUUGCCCAACCUAACGACAUGCCACAAGCAAAUAGAGUACAUCCUAGUCUCGUGGACUCCCCUCCCCUUCAGCUUUUCGCCAUCGAGCAACUGGGUGUCGAUCGCCGCCUAUUGCUUAACAGGAAACGACAAGUGAAAAUGUAUCGUGUUUGGAUGCAGGCCAAAUUUCGCAAACUCGAACUUUCAAUAUAA